CACAUGGCUUCACCUAAUGGUUUUUCUAAUCACUUAACCUAUUUUCUGGCUGCUUCUGCUGUUGCUUUUGGAAUUGGUUUCUUUGCUUUGGCAUCAGCUUUGUGGUUCCUGAUUUGCAAACGAAGAGAAAUACUUCAAAAUUCCCAAUUUAAAGCAACUGAUGAGAGAUGCAGCCAAAGGCCAUCAGAGGUGGAGAGUAAAGCUCAUUCUCAGUGUGUUUUUAUUUCUCGAAAUUUUCAUACUGGAAUAUUCCAAUUACAGGAGGAGCAAAGAAAAAAGGAAACAGCACAUAUAAAAGCAAGUAAAGAUCACUCAAAAGAUGAAUACUGCCUUGCAACAAAAAAGGUCAUUUAUGACCCUACAGAGACUAGCUCAACAGCAAAUAGCAGCAAUGCAUCCUUAAGCUUAUCGACGUUACCAUCUGAUUCUUAUUACAGCGAAACUAUAGAAGCAGCUGAGGACUGGUAUUCUGAUGAUUCUCUAGUGGACAGGAGCUCUGCAAUCUCUUUUCUCAAGGAACCUCUAAUAGAAAAAGGAUUUCCAUACCCGUCAACCAUUCCAUUAGAAGAAUGUACUGAAUAUGACACUUUAUGAUGAUAAGAAAUAUGACAGCAUUAAGGAAAUAUUUUCAGGAAGAAAUACGGAGGUUGAAAUAUAAAACCUUCAACAUAAUAUUGAAAGACUUUCCUUUUGAAACUUUGUAUACACUAAAAUCAGUAGAGUUAAAACUGAAUCACUAGCUUCUGAGUCUUAACAUGCCCAUGCUAAUAUUGCUUUUCUUUUUCUUUACCAUAGAGUGGUCUUAUUUCCCUUGCCGAUUCUGAUUCCUAAGAACAAAAUUACAGGAAGAACUAGAGAGAUAUCAUGAAUAUUAAGCUUAACUCCUUGUAUCUCAUCAAAGGACAUA